AUUUGAACCAUUUAAAGUUGAGAGGCCUUUUUUUACUUUGCGGUACAUAACACAUGCGUUAAGGUAUAUCUAAUUAGAUAUGGUCGUAAGAUUGUCAUGAUUAUGGUGGAAACAUAUUUAAAUGCCAUAAAUUGACUAAGAACAAUAUAUUGUUUAUUUUGGUGCAGUGUUGUGAGUAGGUACUGCGACUAGUUGUGCUUGAUAUUCGAUAAUCCAAUUUUGAGGAGAAACUAGAGCUUCAACAAGUCUGUUCCCUGGUCUGGACAAGUUUUUUAAAUUCCCAAAAUCCAUUCCAGCGCAUGUGUAUUUCUUUGCAAAGAGCGUUCUGUACGAAACUAUAUAUAUAUAUAUAUAUAGACAGUACGCUUAUUGGCUCCAUCUUUAGUCUCUUUCGACAUGUGCUUGUGUUACUAUUGUUUAUCAAGACCUCAGCGCACAAAAAUAUUUUGACGAAAGGAUUAGUUAGUGCUUUUAUUUUUACUCCCGAUGGAAAUUAUAUUAUCAGUGCAUUCGACAGGGAAAUUUAUGUGUACCAGACUGUGAGUGGAUGCCUUGUGGGUGUUUUAGAAGGAUCCCAUUCUGCAAGAAUAUAUGAAAUGAAACUGUCCAAAUGGAAUUCAAACGGACCAGCAUUUCUUGUUUCCACUGAUAUAGCCGGGUUUCUAGCUUGUUGGUCCUUGGGGAGUCUUAUCAACGGAGUAAGCAAGAUGAGUACACAGAGUGCUACUGAAGUUGAGCUUCAUUCAAAUGCCAAUCUAUCAAGAGCCAAACAUCUUCCGCUCUGGUAUGUUAUUCAAGCAAGUACUAGUCAUCCUGUGUGCGCAGUUAUGGAUGAUAUAGUCGUCGUGGGUGGAUCACAAGGUCUUAAGAUAUAUGCUUUGUAUGAUGGUUGUGUUCUGGGAUCAUUACUCACAAACGUUUCUGGUGGGCUGUUAAGCCUUUGUCCUUCACCUGAUAACAGUGGAAAUCUAUUUUGUGGUGGGAACGAAGGUUUACUAUACACUGCUAAUAUACAAUCCCAAACGGGUUGUUAUUCUGCAGAUAAGGAAAUACAUCGUUGUUUCUCUGACUCCAAUUUUUCAGCUUCACAAAAAGCAAUAAUUAUGAUGGCGAUGGAUCCGAAUUGUGAAGUGUUAGUGGUAGGUGCGCGCUUUGGGCUAAUUGAAAUACUAAGACCUGACUCGCUACUCACUUGCAUACAGCGGUUCUCAGUGUUCAAUCCAUCCAUAUCCAACGAUUCGACAAAUACUUGUUUGACAGGUUUAUGCUUGAUACCUCGCCCUGAUUGGUUAUCCAAUACCGUUGGAAUAGAAUCAGUUGAUGCUAAAUCUUCAUCCAAUUCCGAUCACUAUACAGAUCAAAAUGGGAGUUUGAACUCUUCUAAUCCUCGGACAUGUUUUAUUGAACCAUUCAAAUCCCACUUUGGUUGGAGGCUUGAUGAUACAGUGUGUGUCCGCAUACCUGGAUUAGCAGAGAGGUCGAAUAUUUCGUCAGAAGAUGCAAGCAUUUUUAUGGAUGAUUUCUACCCUGUUUCAGGUAUGAGCCAAAUAAAACUUGACAGCUUGGGAAGUGAAGAGCAUAAAGUUUUAAGACAAGAAAUUGAUCGCGUUGCUGCAUCCAAUCGCGAGCUGCUUCGAAGACUUGUCAAUUUUGAAUUGAGAUCGUCAGUGUGAUUUUUUGUGAAAUGUACAAAAUACACUCUUUUCCAUGAAAAAAACGUAGCCCUUAGUUGUGAUGUUUUCAUUCUCGUUUCCUGUUGUAAUUACUUGACUUCGUGCAUAUGGUAUCUUCAGUAUCAAGGAUCUGUUUGAAUCUAGAUGUAUGCUACGAUAAAUAGAUUGCGUUAAAACACAGUCUAGAUUUUAACACUGCACUUUGCAAACCAUUAUAAAUCAUUGGCAGAGAUAAAAAGUGGGAAAGUCACUUCUUUAGCUUCAAACAUUCUAUUUUCUUUCGAAGUGAUUCUGUCCAUCGGGUUUUUACAAUAUAACACCGGUUUAAACUUGCUCUAUAAAUGUUAUUGCAGUAACUUCUAUAUAAAGCAUUAUCUUUUUACUUUACAGUUGCUUUAUUAUGACUAGUUCGAGUACUGGUGAUCACGUGUUCCGAUAUGGCGACAACACCUCCAAAUUUAUUCCGUUUUGUUUUGUCUUCUCCCAUAAUCGGUCACAUUCACUAUCGUCAAUUUAUGAACUCUUUAAACAACUAGAAAUGAGUGUUAAACCCAUUUCUAGUUUAUUUGUCUGUAAAAACGUGGCUUCGGUGACCAUUUUGAUUCACUUGUCUACUAUCCCAGUAGGAUCAUCAAAUAGGCUGACCUAAU